AUGUCGAACGACGUACAAGCAUCCUACGACGCCACCUACAACUACCUCAACGACAAUUACUUCAACUACAUGAGCAGUAGUGGCAACGACAGCCACCUCCACAACUUCAGCAGCUUGCUCAACUACAGCGGCAUUCACGGCGACAACAACAACACCGACAACGAAACAAUGGACAACGUCACAUACGCCUGUCUAAUGUACGAUUUCUUCGCCAGCUGCAUCGCUAUCGGGCUCAUAGCCAUAUUUGGCAUUGUUGGAAAUUUAAUUUCCUACAUAGUUUUCUCCAUGGACAGUGUGAAAACGUCGACUUCCUUCUUACUGCAGGCGCUGGCAGUCGUCGACUCCCUCUUUUUGUUUUUCGUCAUCAUUGCUUUCGUUAUAUCUCACGGCGUCGAGUUCUACGAGAUUUACGAUCACAUUGAAAUAAAAAAAUAUUCAUUCCCUGUAGCUCUAUUUUUCCAAACGGCUACAAUAUGGUUAGUCGUCUUGAUAGGCUGGAAUCGAUACAUAGCUGUGUGCCAGCCGUUCAAAGCCGCUAAGCUGUGCACCGUUGUCAGAGCAAAGAGGCAGCUAGCUCUGCUCAUGCUUGUCUGCUUCAUCUACUGUUUUCCAAAGUUCAUUGAGUAUUCCUACCUACUUGAAAAUGAGAAAAAAACCACAUUAAGACACUCGACAAAUGACAACUUCAACAACAUAACAAUCUCGAGUGGGAACCAUUUAGCCUGGGUCUGUGCGAGAGUAGAUACGUGCGAAUGCAUGUUUUUGAAUGAUUGUGUCUGCGUGAAUAUGUGUGGUAAUUUGUGCGUUCUUACACACGUGUAUCAUAUUACCUCAACAAAUUUUUCUAGUUUUGUAGUUCUAAAAAAUCCUUCCAUUGAAAUGCAAGCCUUAUCUGUAACGGACGAAAAACGUUGUGUUUAA